AUGGAGUCUCAGUAUGUGAAAGAUAAGAAAUCCAAACGACUUGCUCCUUUUGUUACAAAUUUUCAUUAUUUCAAGAAUGAUUGCUUCUUACAUGUCAUAGAUGUGGUAUUGAAAGAGUUACAUGAUCGGUUUACACCUGAAAAUACUGAGUUGAUCAAUUGUGUUGCUUGCUUGAGUCCUUGUUAUUUAUUUGAAUCAUUUGACGUUAAAUCACUUGUGAGAUUGGCAAGAUUGUACCCAAAUGACUUUGAGGAUCUUACUGAUAAGAAAUUGUCUAGUGAAUUGGAGACUUAUAUUGAGAGUCUCAAGAUGGACGAUCACAUUUCCAAUUUGACUAGCAUCUCGGAAUUUUGUAGGACUCUUGUUCAAACAAAGAAGCAUAAGACAUUUAGUUUUGUGUACACACUUGUCAAACUAGCUUUUUCCUUACCGGUGGCCACUGCAAGUGUUGAGCGAGUUUUCUCGGGGAUGAAAUAUGUUAAGAAUGAAUUGAGAAGCAUAAUGGCUAAUCCAUGA